CCCUGCAGCCCCAGCCACUGCUGUGCUCUCUCCCUUUCAGACUCCCUGUAUGUCUCCGAGUACUUCUCUCAGAGCGCGCAGAAGCUGUCCUUCUACAGCUGGUAUGGGAACGCCAAGCUCUUCCACUUCCAUGUGCCGGAAGACACUGUGCUGCUUCGCUGGCUCCUGCAAGCGUCCCGGGGGAAAGGACCCGAGUGCACCAACAUGGACAUCACAGUGCACUUUCGCUAUGGAGCCCCUCCUGUAAUUAAUCCACUGGGCACUCGUUUUCCUGCAAAUGCAACCGUCCGUCCUUCCUAUAACAUAAGCAUCACUCUGAGCAGUGCUGUGCAAAACACCACCUUUGUGAACGUCACCACCCCCGCUGCCGGAGCCUGGUUCAUCGCUGCCCAUCUCCCUGAGGCUGCUGGCAGGAUUGAAGUGAAGGGUUUCUCCACUCCGUGCCCCUAUAUGUUCCAGGCAGAUAUGUUUGUGCUCAGGCUCACCGAUAUGCCUGUUCUGGAGCCUGGUGUUGCCAUGCCACAAACCGUCGUCUCGCCUGCUAAGCCACUGCAUGUCAAGGUCUUUGUUCCCAAGCAUGCCGCAGGGAUGCGGUUUGAGCUGCGAAGCUGCGUGACGAGCGAACAGAAAGCGUGUGCCGUGCGGGUAGUGCUGGGCUCCAUCACGCUGCCCCAGUCCUUCCAGAGGAUCAUCACCUGCACGGGGAACGUAAACUGCAGCCUGGCCCUGGAUUCGCCCCCCUGGGAGAAGUGGCUGCAGAUCAUGGUGGAGAGUCUCGGCGCUGCCAAUGCCAGUGUGUCGGUGGAGAUGCUGGCUUCUUUCACAGCUUGCAGACCGGGAAGUACCAGUUCAUUCCUUAACUUCAGCAGCCUAAACCAGAGCCAAACUGGUCCCAGACCGGGUAGCACAGGAGCGGCAGGGAGCUCCGCUCUGACUACCAGAGAGGCUUUGCGCAACGCGUCCAACCAGAGGAGCUUCUGUCUGCAGAACCAGCCCGUCGUUCGUGAAGACCUGGAUGUGGUGUCUGUGCGCUACAGGCUCUUGAACGGUCCCAGCGUGCCCGUGAACACCCUCUCCCCGACCGUCCUCCUCCUCAGCCUGAACACUGGCAUGGACAGCGGGGGUUCCCUCGUGGUCAGCCUCCUGCUUAACAAGACGUCCGUGGGCCUGGCCAAUGCCACCGUGGUCGCGUGUGUGAGUGCUGCUUCGCCGGUGCUGUCCCUCAAUGCCACGCAGAACUGCAGCACAGCUUUUUUCCAGGGCUACCCUCUGAGCGUGAGCACGUCCUCUGUGGAAGCAACGCUGAUUGUCCUGUACCCACAGACGGAUGACUGGUUCCUCUCCCUGGAGCUCCUCUGCCCGAAGGGCCAGGGUGAAUGUAACGCCGCAGAAGCCAAAGUGACCGUCUUCGCAUACCUCACCCCCUGCUUCAAUGACUGUGGGCCGUACGGACAGUGCAGCCUCCUGAGAAGACACGGCUACCUCUAUGCUGGCUGCAGCUGCAAGGCCGGUUGGGGCGGGUGGAGCUGCACGGACGAUACCAAGGCCCAGUCUGUCGCUGUGCAGAACCUGGCCACCCUCCUACUCACCCUGAGCAACCUCAUGUUCCUGCCGGCAAUAGCGGUUGCUGUUUAUCGCUACUACCUGGUGGAGGCCUCCGUCUACACCUACACCAUGUUCUUUUCCACG